UGCAAUCUCUGUCUCUGUUCUCACCCAUUCCCAACUCCAAACCCAACAAUAGCGCUAUACCAAUCCAAAAAAACCCAAAAGCAAAGCAGUAAACUAAGGAGCAAAGGCUGCAAAACACUUCUUUCCCUUACCAUAACUUUCCCUUUUACUCCAGGAAAUUGAAAACACCAAUAUUACAAGCAAACUGUAUAUCACAAUAAGCAGCAGCAGCAACUCUUGAUUUCUCUUGAAACCUGCUAAAUAAUCCAACUUUAGAUCAUGGAAGAAUCUGAGACAUACCCAAAAGAAUACUUAUCCCCACAACGAAGAAGAGCUACCUUAACCCCGUCAUCUUCUAAUUCAGCUGCAACAACCAGUGUCCACGUCACUGCUUUAGACGGGCUAGUAAACGUGAACUCACUUUUCACCAUUGCAGUCUUUGUGGGUCUUUCUUUAACCACACCUGGCCAGAAAAGUCUCGAGGACCGUACAGCUUGUGAUGCUGGCAUUGAAGUGGUCAGGAAAUUGUUGGUAUUUGAGGUUGUCUCAUUCAGCUUUUUCCUCUUCUCUUCACUAGUUGCACAGGGCCUUAAAUUGGCAAUUAAUCUCUUGAAUAGCAAAGAUGUUGAUGAGGCUUUUAAGGCUCACAUUAAUCCGAAAGUGCUGAGGCUUGGGAUGUUGGGCUCUGCUGUUGGAUCUGUAAUGGGGUGUUUGUUCUUGAUGCUUUCAAUGGUCAAUGUGAUUGAGAUUCGGCUCGGGUUGUUGUCUUGUGGAAGUAAAUCUGCAAUUCAUGCUGUCACAGCCUUGAUCAUUCUGGUCACCUCUGCUCUUGUGGUUUAUAUCUCUACUGCUGUAUAUGCAUUUCUGCACUGAGGUGAAUCUUUUAAAUGCAAUCUGGAAUGUACUGGUUGUAAGUUUGAAUGUUAGUGCAACUUAUGAAGUUUACAAGUCCACGAGUAUCAGUUUUGUUAUGCUACUCUUUUGGCUUUUGUUCAAUUUACAACUAUCGGUGGGAAACUCCAAUAUAUAAUUUCUUAUGUGAUCUUUUAAAGUUUCUAAUUUUUGUGAUGAUUGGGUCUUUUAUUGUUUGAAGUCAUUAGUUCAAGUGAAAUCCAUUAGUUUAUUUGGGGUGUUUCAUGUUUGUCAAAUAGGAUGGAGAGUGGUGUUAUGUAGUAAACUUUGUUCUCCUUGAAAAUUAGGCAGCUAUAUGUUGGGUAACAUUGAUCUUUUGGCAGAGUAAAGUGCAGCUGAGUCAUUUCUA